CGAGGAUCGCUUUAACUACGCGAUCGCACAACUUGAAUUUUAAGUAUUGCUUCGGUUCUCAGAUAUGUCAGACGUAUCUGCUAAGCGCGUUCGGCAAGUUCAUUUUCAGAUAUAAAUAUACGUACUUUCAGAUACAAAAUAUUAUAGCAAGCAGAUGUGAUUUUCAGUAUUUAAUUUUAAAGUUUAACGUCGUGGGUUAAUGUUGGAAAAAAAAAAUUCACAGCAAUGGAUCCGUUAAAUGAGUGUAUCAUGUUCUAUGAACAAAGUUUGAAAAAAAAGAGGUCAUGUAAGCUCGGUAAUUACGAAACCGACAGUUUUUUUGAACCGCGAAUGUCACUAUUGGGCAAACCUCUAAACUACAAUCGCGGCACGCGCCGUGGUUUUCGGUACAGAAGACUACAAAGUCGUAUCUACAACUUUCUGGAGAGGCCGCGCGGAAUACCAGCAGUCAUAUAUCAUAUUAUGGUAUUUCUAAUGGUAUUUACUUGUCUUGCCUUGAGCGUUUUUUCAACAAUCGAGGAAUACGAGAAGGACGCUCUGUACAUUUUGUUUAGAAUGGAGAUUUUGGUUGUUGUGUGGUUCACCAUGGAGUUCUUCUUGCGACUUUGGUCGUCUGGGUGCCGAUCAAGAUAUCAAGGCUGUGCUGGUCGUAUGAAAUUCAUGAAGCGACCGUUUUGUUUUAUAGAUAUUAUUACCAUAGUACCAUCAAUUAUAGUCUUGGGCAUGGGUACAUCUGGUCAAGUUUUUGCCACUAGUGCCUUGCGUGGCUUGAGAUUCUUCCAGAUAUUAAGGAUGGUACGCAUGGAUAGACGUGGUGGCACCUGGAAAUUACUCGGCAGUGUAGUAUACGCACAUAGACAGGAACUGAUAACGACUAUGUAUAUAGGUUUCCUAGGUCUCAUAUUUGCAUCAUUUCUUGUUUAUUUAAUGGAAAAAGAUAUAAACGCUAAAUUUAGUAAUUUCGCACAGGCUUUGUGGUGGGGCGUGAUAACUCUUUGUACAGUCGGCUACGGUGAUAUGGUGCCUGAAACAUGGCAAGGCAAACUCAUAGCAUCGUUUUGUGCUUUACUAGGAAUUUCUUUCUUUGCUUUACCUGCAGGCAUAUUGGGCAGUGGAUUUGCCCUGAAGGUGCAACAACAACAGCGACAGAAACAUAUGAUACGGCGACGGCAACCAGCGGCAACACUCAUCCAAUCGGUUUGGCGUUGUUAUGCGGCUGACGAACAUUCACUCUCAAUCGCAACCUGGAAGAUACAUCAAAUGCCUUUACCCAGUCCGCCUGCAUCUUCAGAGUAUUGGGAUAGAUUAUUUAAAAAUUUAAGCGAAUAUAGUUCAGACCUUUCGGAUAAGUUUUUUAGACAUGUCGUCGAAGAUAGGCGUGGAUCCUCUAGUUUCAAGCACAACGCGUCAUUUGUGGCACGUUUGCCUACCAUAAGACGGAAUAAGACUCCAGCUAUGCAGUCGCCAGGCGAUGGUGGCGGCAUUAAGCCACAGGGGACCAUUCGAGGAGGUACGCGUUACGCACGUACACUGCGCGAAAUGAAUGCGUCGGUGGAGAAUUUAGCAGCAAAGAGUCCUUGCAAGGGCAGCGGCUGUCAGCAGGAGAAGCUGAGCAAUAUUGAAACUGGAAACUAUCAGCAAUGCAAUGCGCGGUACUUAACCGUUCCGGGCAGGAACAACAACACGGAAAGUGAUAAUAAAAAUAAAUUGUCCGUCGGUGACGUCAGCACGAGCAUUCCGAUUGUGCUCUGGGGUUUCCUGCAACGCGACAUACUCGGUUCGAACUGCACCAUCCGGCGUUCGAGUGUGUGUGUGGCGGACGGUGAACACUUGUACGAUGGCAUGCCAUAUUUAGAGAGUGGGAAUCAGGUUUCAAUUGAGGGACAAUAUUAUCCUAGAAAUGAGGAGGACGAACCACGUUGCACUCAACUCACAAGUCAACACAAAAUUGCAAUUCGUUUUUUAAGAAAGUUAAAGUAUUUUGUAGCUCGUCGUAAGUUUAAAGAAGCUUUAAAACCAUAUGAUGUUAAGGAUGUCAUGGAGCAAUAUGCUGCCGGCCAUGUGGACUUGCUUGGCCGUGUCAAAAAUGUACAUGCAAGGUUAGAUCAAAUAUUAGGAAAACAAGGCUCAAAAUCAAAGGAUGCCUACGCAUCCAAAAUUAGUUUAGCAUCUCGAGUAGUAAAAGUAGAGCGGCAGGUCGCCGAUAUAGAAGAAAAACUAGAUAUAUUAAUAAAAGCGUAUAUGGAAGAUCGUGAGAGAAUUCAAUCACUUCCACUAAAUACGCAGGCACCAAAACAUUCCAUACAAAAUCAAAAUGAUCCCAGCAGUCUAAUCGUGAGGGAUCCAAAGAAUUCCAAUCAUUUUAAAAGAGCUGUGACUACAGUUAUGGACACGCCCAAACAAAAGCAAAUAACACAUCCUUCGGGUAUAACAGCAUAUACACAGACUUCCGAGCUGAAUGCAUAUCAGACGACGACUGAUUCAGCAUCAGCUCAGGUAUAUCAACAGCACAAUGAUGGUUUAAUGACUGAUUUAGAAAAUAGAACUAAGAAACGUGUAUCUUUAAGAUCCACACCUCAACAAAUACAUGAGAGUAAAAGUUACAAUGAGAGAGACGUUGCGAUUAGUUUGCCUGCAGAUGUACAAUCAUUAGAUUCCGCUAAUAUUAAAUCAAUGCCAGAUAGUUCAAUUAUUUUAAUAGACGAAGUAGAAGAUUAUGAGGAAGAAGACCUCAAUUGUGAAGGUGAAAUGGAUCAUUAUCCUUCGUGGGAUAUGGAUAGUGACACUUUAGCAGAUGUUGAUGUUUACUGUGAGGAAUCAACAGAAAACACAGCCUUAUUGCACAGAAGACGACCCUGUACUGCGAUAGUUAUUACGCCUAUUAGUCCUGUAAGCUCCGCACAUAAUCUCACCAGCAUGGAUGAGACGACAACCUCAACAAUAAAUAAAUCAAAUUUGCUUUCCCCCGAUUCUGGUUAACAAUUAUUGCUGAGAUACAUGAAGCUUAUAGUUGUGUUCAAAUUAAUUUAAUUUAACGUAGGAGUACUUAAUUAAUUACGGCUUAAUUUUAUUUAAUAUUUAAUUAUU